UCCAGCGAGGCAAACAGCAUGAUCUGCUUAUAUAAAAACAUGACUUGGGCAGUACAUCUUUCAUUUCUCCCGGGAUUUGCAAAAUCAAACACCUACCUUAUACCUUGAUAAUGGAUCCUUCUGGAUCUUCUUCUUCUUCAUCUUCAAGAAAAGGAAAAAAGAGCAAUAAUUCAGAAAAUAAUAAACCAAGAAAACAACCUCAAAGAGGACUCGGUGUUGCUCAGUUGGAGAAAAUCAGAAUAUUACAUUCUCAGUUACAUCAUCAUCAUCCACCUCCUCCUCCUUACUUCAACUACAAUGAAGAUCCAAGGUUACUGCAAACGCCAUCAUACUCGCCUAAUUCAUAUACUUUCCAACCUCACACUAUGGCCUUACCUGAAUAUGAUAGAUCAAACAUAAGAUAUGCAGAUUCUCAACCGAGCAGAUGGCAACAUGGCAAUGUCAACCACUACUCUCCUCCUCAAACAAACAUAACUCAACCAUUUCUAAAUCUAUAUGAUUCACAAGACAUGGAUAUUCAUAGAAGUGAUUCUUUGGAUUUGGAAUCGAGUGACACUCAAGAGCCAGAUUUGGAGCUCAGAUUAUCUCUCUAUUAGUUCAUUUCUUAUUCUAUAUUUGAACGUUUUUAUUUACAAUUCAAAUUAUUGUAACAGAACAAGAAAUGAACAAACAUUACAUACCUGUUUUGUUUUACAGUUUCAACUGCUGGAUAGCCAAUAGCCAGAGACAAACUUUUUAAUGUAGUAUAUACUUUCAUGUGUGACUGAUAAAAGGCAAUGAAAGAGCAAAUAGGAGAGGAUAGUUAUCGUAUGUUAGUGUGUAUUGGAACAACAAUUUAAUAUUUAAACGGUUGGGAACAAAGCGUUCUACUAUCAACACUUAAAACUCA